AUGACAAUUGGAUCAAGCUUCAUGGAACAAGCAUUGGAAAUAUUGGGCUCAGUGCCUUUGGUUGACGGUCAUAAUGAUUGGCCCCAUCUCAUCCGUGGAUUUUACGACAGUACACUAGACGGGCGCUUCCAGCGCGGAAGCAAUCUAGUUGGCCACGUCGACCUCAAACGACUCAAGGAGGGAAAAUCUGGAGGGGCAUUUUGGAGCGUCUAUAUUGACUGUCCGAACUCGGAUGACUUCACCGACGAUGCUAUACAUUUCGAGGCACUCCGAGAUACAAUACAGCAGAUUGAUCUAGUGCAUCGUAUUGUGGAUUUAUAUUCAGAUGAUAUGGGUCUUGUUGAAGAUUCAUCUGAUAUCAUGCGUUUGUUUAAAGCCGGUAGAUUUGCAAGUCUCAUUGGAGUUGAGGGACUUCACCAAAUUGCCAACAGUGCUAGUGUUUUACGGAUGUAUUAUAAGCUAGGUGUACGUUAUGUUACUCUGGCACACAACAAGAAUAACACAUACGCGGAUAGUGCUACUUCGAGCUCUCCAGCACAUGGCGGUCUCUCAGCACAAGGAAUACAGAUGGUCCGGGAAAUGAACCGAAUUGGGAUGAUCAUCGACUUAUCACAUACAAGUGAGGCAGCGAUGCAUCAAGUCCUUGGUAUUUCAAAGGCCCCCGUCAUGUUCUCUCAUUCUGCAAUAGCGUCAAUUGUUCCACAUGUUCGAAACGUCUCCAACGCCGUCUUGAAAAAAUUGAAAGUCAAUAACGGCGUCAUCAUGAUUACUUUCAUACCUUCUCUUAUUCAUGCAGAGGCCAGUGAAGCAAAUAUCGACCACAUUGUUGAUAAUAUCAUAUAUGCAGGGGACUUGAUCGGUUACAAUCACGUUGGUCUAGGGUCUGACUACGACGGUAUGUUCAGCGCCGUGAAAGGGGUUGACGAUGUUAGCUUUUACCCUGAUCUGGUUGCCAAAAUGCUCGAGCGAGAUAUACCACGAUCAGAUGUGGAGAAGGUCAUAGGAUUGAAUAUCAUACGAGUGUUGGGGGAAGUUGAAGCCCAGGCUGCGAAGAUGAAGAGCCAGUCCGCGGUGAUGGAAGAUGGGGUGAAGCAACUAUGGAAUAAUAACUUUAGAGCGACAGUAGAAAGUGUAUAUCCAGAUGCUGAGAAGAGCUCCCGAAAUAAAUAG